CCAUGUUCCUUAUCAGCAGUGUCGAUUGCGCAACCAUUUCGUGAAUUCUUCUGCGGCAGCUUCAGUCUCGUCACACGUUCAAAAGAGCCACGAGCUCAUCUAUAACCUAUUCUUCUUCAAUAAAUAUCUCUUCACGUUCGCACUCAUCAAGAUGGGCUGGUUUUGGGCAGACGCUCCUGCGGCCAAGCUUGAAAGGGCGCCUCAUGCAUUCCCAAUCGAGGGCCGAUCACCACCUCCGGAAUGUCCCAUGCACAAGAAGACCGCCGAAGCUUUGGCCCCUCCGUCUGCAUGUCCAGUCAAGCACGAUGCCGUCGCUCCUCCUCCUCCUUCCGCCUGUCCGGUAAAGCACGAUAAGACCGAUGCGCCACUCGCCUCAGCAUGCCCGGUACCUCACGCUGCAUCGAAGCCCACCGCUGAGCCCUCUACGCUGUCCAAGCUGAACCCUCUCAACUGGAUGUUCAGCGACCUGUCGCAGGAGAAGGCGCCGUCACAAACCUUUGCCCUUCCCACAAGUCGUGAGGAGUCGACCAUUCCACGAGGCGAUGGAACCGGAACCUGGGAAUAUCCUUCCCCCCAACAGAUGUACAAUGCUCUUUUGCGCAAGGGAUACAACGACACAGAUAUCACCGCCGUCGAGAGCAUGGUCAGCGUUCACAACUUCCUGAACGAGGGUGCCUGGGCCGAAAUCAUGGAGCACGAGAAGCGCUUCGCAGGUGGCUUGAUGAAAGGCUGGCAGUUGUGUUCUGCUGGUGAGCAGAACUUUGACAAGAUGGCGAGAAAGUAUGGCUACGAAAAGGAGAUUGACGACCUGGCCCCAAGCUUGGUCAGAUUUCAGGGACGGCCUCAAGAAAUGACACCUAAAGCAGCCAUGAUCCAGGUCAUGGGAUGGCUAUACCCUUCCAUGUUUGCGACCGAGCCUCCGUUUGAUCGCCACGACUGGUUCGUAACCAGGGAGGCCAAUGGUCAACAAAAAGAAGUCCGCUACAUCAUUGACUACUACUCCGGCGGCGAGGAGGCCAACGGCGAGCCUGUCUUCUUCCUCGAUGUUCGGCCAGCCGUGACACCCACACAGGCAUGCGAGCGGAUGCUGAGGUGGGGGUGCGACACAUGGUGGAAAGCGUCCGGCGGUGACGUACGUGAACGGGAGAAGCUGGAGGCUCGCAUGAAGGCCAGGUCUUCGUAAGGACCAACAUUCUGAUUUUCAUGCAUCGCGUCCUAUGGAGUUUGGUGGUUGGAAUUUCGACAAGGAUUGUAUACCUUUAUGUGUCGACGGAUCAAAUGAGGUCUGGCCAGGUGAGAGCACACAGGGCCACUUGGUUGCCUUCAUUCUCAUGAUGAACACUUUAAUCUCGUACUGUACUAUCAGUGUAUAUAACCUCAACUCCCCUUCGCAAUGAAGCACUUAUACAUAAACGAAACACUCGUGUAGUCUCAAUCUUAAAAGCUCGCUUAGAAACAGAUCUCAAGCACCAUCCUGGUCCCAUGGGAUCUAUCUGACCAGUUUUGCGACUGAAAAGCGCCUCGAUUGCGGGGAGCGCCAUCCGCCCGCCUGGGAGACUCGGACCGCUGAACCGGACGAAAUGACAACGAACAGCAAAAGGGCUAGACUUUAGCAAUCUUAACAACAAGAUGGUGGACAAAUAAAUACUGGU